AUGUUUAGACGGAGCAAAAAUAUUUCCCAUCACAGUGCUCAAACUGAAUGGAAUGCUAUUAAGAAAAAUGAAGAAUUGGUCAAAGAAAAGAUUGAAGAAUAUUUAGAAAUAUAUAAUCGUUCCGGUGCUGCCGGUUUACCAGAACAGCCAAGUAGAAAAGCAAUGAAAAAAGCAAAGAAGCAAAAACGGUUAGAUGGUGGUUCUGACGAUGACGAUCCUGUUAUUCAACAAGUCGUUGCAAGUGUUGAAGCAACAAGACAAACUACUCCUGCUCCCACCACCACAUCUGCACCAACAACAAAUGGCAGUCCACCAAAACCAGCAACAAAUGGUUCUGUAUCAGCUACAAAUGGUGCUAAUUCAAAGUUGGAAAAAUCUAAAGCACCUGCACAAGAACAAGCUCUGAAAGAGUUAGCUGAAAUUAAUGAACGUAUUGCAUCUUUAGUACAAGUAAAAAAUAUGGGUUUAUCAACAGCUGAAAAUCAGAAACAAUUGAAAAAAUUAUGUGAACAACGAAAAGCAAAGACAAAUGAUAUAAAACGUUUACAAUCGAAACAACGUGCCUCAACACGAUAUCGUGAACGAAAAAAACGAAAAGUUGAACAUUUAUGUGCAACAAAUCCCGUGAUAGCUGCUGAAUUGACAAAAGUAUAUCGUCCAGCGGUUGGUCGUCCACCUAUCGAAGAAGAAUGUCCUGAUCUAUUGUCAAUUAUUGAAGAAAUAGCUCGAGUGGGUAGUCAUCCAGCAGAUCUUCGUCGUGCUGAUCAAAUGCGUCCAUGUUUAACGUUAGAUGAUUUACGAGAUAAAAUAAAACAACGUGGUUAUGAUAUUAAACGUUCAUCAUUGUACUAUCGUUUAAUGCCUCGUGGUUCGACAGGUCAAGAUGGUAAACGUCAUGUUCGUUCGGUACCCGUUCGUUUACGUAAAGCUCCACCUGAGGAACCAGCAAAACAUGAAGAUGCUUGUUUUGCUAAUGCUACAAUUCGUUAUAUCAAAGAUUUAGCGGGAAUAUUUGGAAAUGAUUGUGUAUUAUUUAUGGCACAAGAUGACAAAUGUAAAAUACCCAUUGGAAUGCCGGCAGCUAAAAUUCAAGCACCCAUGUUAAUGCAUUUGGAUUAUGCAUUGAGAGCAUCGGAUCAUGAUUGGACACAAGCACCCAAACAUCAAUUAACACCAUCUGUUUAUGCUGCGUGUAUUAUUAAUCCUGAGGGUGAUAUGAGUUAUAUGGGACCAACAUAUAUUGCUAUUAGAUCAGCUAAACAUGAUCAAACAGAUGGAAAAUCGCAUGCUGUAGAUUUUGAUAGAAUGGUUAAUUUAAAAGAAUUUGAUCGUGUUGCUCGUGAUUCAUUUGGCGAUGUUAAACCAAUUAUUAUUAUAACCGUUGAUGGUGGUCCAGAUGAAAAUCCACGUUUUCCUAAGACAUUAUCAAAUGCUGUUGAAAAAUUUCGACGAUAUAAUUUAGAUGCUCUAUUUAUUUUAACACAUGCACCUGGUCAUGUAGCAUUUAGUGUAAUUGAACGUCGAAUUGCACCAUUAUCACAUGAUCUAGCAGGUCUCAUUUUACCAAAUGAUCAAUUUGGAAAUCAUUUAAAUCAAAAAGGUAUGACAAUUGAUGUUGAAUUAGAAAAAAUGAAUUUUAAAAAAGCUGGUCAAGUUUUAUCCGAAGUAUGGAGUGGAAAUAUUAUUGAUGAACAUCCAGUUGUAGCUGAAUAUAUUGAUCCACCUAAAUCACGAAAAAUGACUGAUGAAGAACAACGACUCACUGAUGUUACCAAAGCGAUGGACGAUUUAUUGAAAGAUUGUUGUACGGAUCAAGAAACUGCUGAAAGUGUUCUAUCUGCUGUUACUGAUCAAGUAUGUCAAGAAGAAUUUGUUAAAUCCCUGCCAAAUAAAGAAGAAAUAUUAGCAAAAUAUGAACUUGAUGAAUAUUGGUGUGCGAAUCAUGUUCUUCAAACACAAUAUACCAUUCAAAUAAUUCGUUGUAAUAAUCCACAAUGUUGUGGCCAAUGGCGAUCAAAUUAUGUUCAAAUAUUUCCACAUCGUUUCUUACCACCACCCGUUCCAUUUGAACGAACACUUAAAGGAAUCGAAAUGGCUGAUAAAGAUUCGGAAAGAGGUCAAUUUUAUGGUUCAUUAUUUCAACGUAUUCAAUUUCAUGGUGUCGUUAUUAAUCAUACAAUGAAUGAUCAAUUACCAUUUGAUUAUUGUUGUGCAUCACAACAAUCACAAUUGAAAACACGUAUAUGUCCUAUGUGUAAACAAUAUAUACCAUCGUCCUAUCGAAUGAAACAACAUUUAAAAAUUCAUCAACAAGAAUAUGCAUCAAAUUUUAUUGAAUAUGAGAAUGGAGAUGGAUUACCCACAAAUAGUGAAAUAUUUACGACAACGAGUGAUGAAGAUUAUAGUGAUUUAAAUGAUUUUAUAGAAUAUGAACAAAAAUUAGCACAAAUAGAGAUCGAUCCAUCUCAAAAUGGUGUUGUUAUAUUUAAUAAUAUGUUGGAUUGGUUGAAAUCAGAUUUUGAAGAAGUGGAUAUUAAAGAUCAAAUUACACAAAAACCAAAACCAAAACAUAGAUAA